AAGCCCCCCAGCGUACUUUGAACUAUCAUAUUAGACACGAAAACAUUCGACUUUAUUCUCAUACGACAGUAGCAAUUAGCCUACACUGUCCACCGAAGCAUAGGUUCUGUAUUUCUUUUGACUGAAGAAGUUUUGUACAAGGAGUCCCCGCAAUUUCCAACAUGUCGACCCCCGAAAUGAGAAUUGGCCUUGAGAUUGAAACUCUCCUCAUACAGCGAGAUGUCAACGCCAAACAGCUGUCUCUCGAGGCCUUUGCAAAGUUGGCGGUCAAGUCUUACAACGCGAAGAUCGACACUGAUAAGUACUUGAAAAUGCAUCCCGACAUCGAUGGGGCAUGGGAAGGAGACGAGUAUAAAGACUGGUCCUUGACAGACGAUGCCACUAUUGCCGGAGCUACGAAGACUAAUAACAAGUACGCCGUUGAGUUCGUCUCUCCGAUCUUGCGUUAUGAUUCUACUGGACUGUGGCGUGCCCACGUUCAGAAUCUGUUCAAAACCAUGCGCGAAUCAUAUGUCUUCGAGUCGAACAGGAGUUGUGGCUUCCACGUUCAUGCUUCACCUGCGGCGGGCGCGUGGUCUCUUCAGGAACUGAAAAGCAUCUGCAUGGCUGUCGUCUACUUCGAAGACGCCUUUGAAGCUAUCGUCCCUGAACAUCGCCGAGGUAAUCAAUGGAUCAAAAGCAACACAGUCGACAACCCUAAGCUGGCGAAUCUCCCAACUGCUCAGAUUUUCGAACGAAUCAAGGCUUGCGAGAAUGCUGUCGAGAUUGCCGAUCUCAUGCAUCCCGACAGGUAUUACGCCUGGAACUUCACUAAUCUGUACUACGGCGGAAAGGCUACCAUUGAGUGGCGCCGCGCUGCCGGAGUGACCAGCGCUGAGGGCUGCCUCGUAUGGGCUGAGCUCGCCAUCGACUUCUUACAGUCUGCUCGGCGGCCCGGUGUGCAGCUUGGAAAGUAUAGCCGAGAUGUUGCAGGACUCAGGGCUUUUGUUGGAGAAGGCCUUGUUGCUGGAAUGAGUGAUGAACGGUAUUUGAGGCCUAUCUUUGAGGGCAAAUCGGGCAGUCUGAAACCUCUCAAACUGAAGGAGAAGGAUGAGGACUUGCUGAAGAAGAAGGAAAAGCAAGACAAGAAGAAGAAUCUGAUGAUGAAAAAGCUCAGGCAGGAUCUGGCAAGGAACCCGCCUUUAAAAUAG